AGUCACGGCAACCGUCGAUUACAGGAAAAAGAACAAAUCACAGUCAAAAGAAAAAGGAAAAAAAAACCGUGGGAAAAAGACAAUUUUAUGAACACUGAAGCUGUUCUGAGUCAUUCGUCAUAUACUCCCAUUAAAAUAAGCGCUCUACUAUAUUGGUAGAGUUUAUUGAUGGAUUGAUCGAUUCAUUUGCAUAUCUGGGUUUAUAUUUGUAUUGUAUAUGCAGUCUAGCAAGGAGUUAAAGAGAGAUUUAGUUCAUAUGGCAAUAAAGAAGCAGAGCUCGCUGGGAUGGAUCGAAUGGAUAAGGGGUCUGCUUGUUGUUUUAUAUGAUAUUAUUUUUCAGAGAAUUUUGGCGUGCCACCUUAAAAACCCUUUGCAAUUACCACCUAUGAAUGGUCUAACCUGCAUUGUAACUGGUGCUACAAGUGGAAUAGGUUUAGAAAUGGCAAAGCAACUGGCAGAAGCAGGGGCACAUGUUGUAAUGGGAUGCAGGAAUACUAAGGCUGCACAUGAUUUGAUACAGAAAUGGCAGAAGGACUGGUGUGGGAUGGGAAGUCCUCUUGAUAUAGAAGUGAUGGAAUUGGAUCUCCUUUCCCUUGAAUCUGUUAGGAAGUUUGCAUCGUCAUGGAAUGCUCAACAAGGUAGUUUAAAUGUUCUCAUCAACAAUGCCGGCAUUUUCUCUAUUGGAGCACCUCAGAAAUUUUCUAAAGAUGGCUUUGAAGAACAUCUGCAAGUGAAUCAUCUGUCACCAGCACUACUUACGCUUUUGUUGCUACCCUCUCUAAUCAGAGGUUCUCCUUCACGAGUAGUAAAUGUCAACUCUAAUAUGCAUCAAUUAGGAUUUGUGGACCCUGAGGACUUGAAUAUAACAUCUGGUAAGAGGAAAUACAGCAGUACUGCUGGUUAUUCGGGAAGCAAACUUGCAGAGAUUAUGUUUAGCAGUGUGCUACAGAGAAAGCUACCUUCUGAAGCUGGUGUUAAUGUAAUGUGUGUUUCUCCGGGAGUAGUUAUGACAAAUGUAGCACGAGAUUUACCAUCAAUAAUUCAGACUGGUUAUCACCUGAUUCCAUAUUUUCUUUUUAAUGCUCAAGAAGGUGCAAGAAGUGCACUGUUUGCUGCAACUGAUCCUCAGGUUCCAGAAUUUUGCAGUGCUUUAAGGACUGAUAAUUGGCCGGUUUGUCCAUAUUUUUCAGGGGAGUGUCGUCCUGCAAAUGCUUCAGCAGAAGCACACAAUAUGGAUACUGCUUUGAAGAUUUGGGAUAAGACUUUGGAAUUCAUUGGUGUUCCUGCAGACUUUGUUGAAAAGUUGAUAGAAUGUAAGCAGGUUCCAAGUGAAAAUGGGCAUUCUAAAGUAACGGAAGUGGACUGUUGGUGAGAUGAGAGGAGAUGUGUUUAAUGUGGGCUUCAUCUCGUUCUCAAGUGUAAAAUACUGGGUCUCCAAUUAGUCAAUAUAGUCAGCAUGUGCCAUUUAACUUUCCCGAUACAGUUAACAGAUACUUUUGCUCAAAGAUGUUGAUUUUAUGAGGCCAUUAUCAUAUUUGUCCAAGGAAGGGCCUUGGAAAUUGGGAUGAAAAUAUUCGAAGGAAAGUAUUCAUAUUUGACUGUUAAAAUGGAAAGGCGCAGCUCUGUCAGACUUGUUUUUCGAUUACUAAGCAUAAUUGGAGAUUUCUAAUUGCAUAUACUUGAUGUUGAAUUGGAUAUUCACUAUAAUACUAGUGUAUUUUCCACAGCAAAGAAGUUAUAAUGAUUAUUACUGUAUUUUCAUGUUAA